UUAAUGCGUUUGCAAGUAGUUGUAAAAUUGUCAGACGUUUCACACCAUUCAUACUACUUCAUAUCUUCACUUCUCAUCUUUCAGUUUUGUAAAUUCAAUCUGACUUCUUAUCUUCAUUCUCGGCUGAUCAGUUUGCAUUUUAUAAAGAUCUGCAGGUGUACAACAUAUAUAGAAUAUUCUUUUGAGCAUCGAAGAUGGGCAUUUUUGAAACGCUGGUGUGCUCAAUUUUCUCCAAGAUUGGGGAUAAGCUGAUUGAUCAUGGAGACCGCAUUGUGAGUGGAGGACUCAACAUCAAAUCCGUUUCAGAUUCUCUUAAAAGAAGCUUAGAUUCCUUAACUGCCAAAGCGUCGGAUGUUGACGAACAAAUCAAGAACUCGGAGCUCUCGGGUAAGAAGAAAAGAAAACGAGAAGUUGAGGACUGGUUGAAACAGGUGCAAGUUAUUCAAACCGAAUUAUCUGCACUUGAAAACGAAGCAGAUUCUGAAGGGUUUGUUAGUAAGUUUCUGGGGAGCGAUCGAGCACCAAAACUGCAAGAAAGAGUAGACAAACUUGUUGAGCAAAGUCGUCAUUUCGGUGAACUUGUUCUUGAUGCUUGUGAUAUCCGAGGGGAGGCGUUGUUGACAACUAAGCUGGUCGGUAAAGCAUUUGAGGAGAAUGUUGAAAGAAUUUGGAAACUUUUGGUGACUGAUAAAGUGCCGAUCAUUGGGAUUUACGGCAUGGGUGGUGCGGGCAAGACUACUCUGACGAAGCACAUCCACAACCGACUACUAGAAGAAUUGACUCAAGAAUGCGUUUUUUGGAUCACAGUCUCCCAAGAGUUCAGCAUAACGAUGUUACAAGAUGGAAUAGCCCGUGCUAUAAAGUUGGACCUUUCGGACGAGCGCGAUGAAGACAAACGAGCAGCGAGAUUGCACAAAGCUUUACUAUUGCUUGGAAAGAAGUUUGUCCUCAUAUUGGAUGAUUUGUGGGAGAAUGAUUUGUGGGACGAUAUCAUUUUGGAAAAGCUGGGAGAUCCGCUUCGUGUUGAGGGUUGCCAAUUGAUUAUAACAAGUCGCUCAUCAGACGUGUGUCGUCAGAUGAAUUGCCAAGAAUUAAUUCAAGUGGAACCAUUAGAUAUGGAUGGAGCAUGGAACUUAUUCUGUGAAAUACAUGGACGACAAAGACAAACGACACUAAAUCGACAAGUAGAAGAAAUUGCAAAGUCUAUGGUGAAAAUGUGUGACGGUUUGCCCUUAGGGAUCAUCACCGUAGCUGGAAGCAUGAGGGGUGUGACUGAAGUUCAUGCAUGGAGAGAUGCAAUGGAGGAACUACAAGAAUCUGCUACGGGGAACGACCGUAUGGAUGUUAAAGUUUUUAAAGUUCUCAAGUAUAGUUUUGAUCAAUUGGAUUCUGUAUUACAACAUUGUUUUCUGUAUUGCGCCUUGUAUCCUGAAGACUGGGACAUAUCACGAGAGGAAUUGGUUCGAAGAUUCAUUACAGAAGAGUUGGUCGAGAAAAGAAAGAGGAUGAAAGCACAAAUCGACAAGGGCCACACCAUACUUGAUAAAUUAGUGAGUGUUUGUUUACUAGAAAGGACUCGUGAUGAUGAUGACCGUGAUUGUGUGAAGAUGCAUGAUCUAGUAAGAAGCAUGGCCCUGAAGAUCACUGAAGGUAAAACUAUGGUAAAAGCUGGGGGAUAUCGUUUGAAAGAAAUUCCGAACGAGGAAGUGUGGACAAAGGAUCUUGAGAAGGUGUCCUUGGUGUUUAAUGACAUAGAGCGAAUUCCAGAUUGCGUGUAUCCUAAUUGUCCUAAGUUGUCAACAUUACUAUUGUGUUGGAACUUAGACUUGCAUUACAUAGCAGAUUCAUUUUUUUCAAAAAUGCAUGGCCUACGCACUCUUGAUUUGUCUGGCACUGAGAUCAAGGAGUUGCCAAAUUCUGUAUCUGACUUAGAGAGCCUCAAGGCCUUGAUCCUCAGAGAUUGCAGUAGUCUUGUAUGUAUUUCCAACUUGGAAAAGCUGAAGGAACUAAGGGAGCUCGACCUCUCGUUUACACCAAUCAUCAGGGAAGUGCCUCAAGGACUCGGAAAACUAGUCAAUCUCGAAUUCUUGUCACUGAGAGAUUUCUAUGGGUCUAUCUCGAUUUUCCCCACGGAUGUUCUAGUCCAUCUCAGAAAGCUCAAGUGUCUCUAUCUUCCGUAUUAUGUAGAGGCACCAAUUGGAGAAAUCGAGAUGUUGAAAGAGAUGGAGGAGUUUGAGGGGCGAUUCAAAGAUGUUCCUGAUUUUGAUCGAUUUAUUCAGUCUCAAAAGAGUAAGGGGUACGCAGUUUCCUAUCGUAUACAAGUGGGGGAUCUUCUACAUUAUGAAUUUUUUGAUAACGAUAUGAACUUCAGUAGUGUGGAGUUUAGCUCGACAGACUUUAAGACGACUAGAGAGGAGAGAGAAGUGGUUACAUUACUGGCAAGUGACACCCAACAACUAACAUUCGACGAGUGUGAGGGCUUAAGCAAGUGCCUUUCGGAUGACUUCAACAUUCCCGGUUAUCUUCACAUCUUUAAAAUCGAACUUUGCCACGGAAUAGAAAGCAUUCUGAAAGACGAGCAAUUGAUCAUGUUUUCUUCUCUUAGAAGGCUUUGGAUUUUAUACUGUAACAAGAUGAAGAAGCUGGGGCUGCGUGGGUCGGGUUUCCCAUACCUUGAAGAACUAUGGAUUAUAGGUUGUCCAGAUAUAGAAGUGAUAAUACAAGCAGUGGCGUCAGAAAAUGUCGAUCUCCCCAAGUUGAAAAGCUUAGAGAUACGUGACCUGCCGAAACUGAAGAACAUAUGUGAGGCAAAAAUGAUGUGCGGUUCCAUUGAGAAAAUUGAGUUAUGGGGAUGUCCAUUAUUGAAGAAAUUGCCGUUGCAUUUUCCUGGAGAACUUGUGGAUGGACAAAUGAAUUAUUCUCCUCCGCCAGCUCUUGAAGAAAUCGUGAUAAUGGAAAACGAGAGAGAAUGGUGGGAAUCAUUGGAGUGGGACCAUCCUUCACACGGAAAUCUCCUACAGCCAUUCCUUACAUUUGAGGAGCCUUCCCCUUUCUCUAGUCCCGAAACUUACUCGGGUUAAAGUAUCUUUACCGACAUGUUUUCACAGUGCACGUUAUUUUGGUUUACUUUUUCUUUUCUUUUUUUUUUUUUUCUUUUUAUGUAAUUGUUAAGUGAUUUGGAAUUGCAGAUUUUGAACUUUUUAAUUCAGGUUAAAAUUGUUUUGAUAUGUAACAAUUAUCUAUACCCAUUUUGUAUGAAACCCAUUUUGUUUUUUGUUUUUUGUUUUUCAUUUGUUAGAGUUUUAGGAUACCUUUUGUACAGAUUGAGUAUUACAAAGUGUGGAAUAAUUACACUUUUCGUCCCUA